UGGUCCGCUGUCUUUUAAGCCCGUCAGAAAAGCACAGUAUUCAGGUGGGAGUGACCCGAUUUUCCAGGUGCUGUCCAUCACCUCUUUCUUUGACUCGGAAAGGGAACUCCCUGACCCCUUGCGCUUCCGGAGUGAGGCAAUGCCUCGCCCUGCUUCGGCUCGCACACGAUGCACACACCCACUGACCUGCGCCCACUGUCUGGCACUCCCUAGUGAGAUGAACCUGGUACCUCAGAUGGAAAUGCAGAAAUCACCCGUCUUCUGCGUCGCUCACGCUGGGAGCUGUAGACGGGAGCUGUUCCUAUUCGGCCAUCUUGGCUCUUCCCCUGGGCUCUUUUAUAUUGCUGGCAAAAUAGUGACUCCCCGUGGAACAGAGUUGUUGUUCAGCAGAAAUAAUCAAGAGUUGACAUCAUACCAGACCUCGGGACUCAACAAUAAAGCAGACCAGUAUGGCUCUAUCUUCAUGAAGACCAUACACAAUAAUUCAGGACUCAUAGAAGUCGACGAGCAGAACACAGAAGACUCAACCUGAAGAAAUUCCAUAUACAUGCUACUCCUGUGUUAGUGUUUUAAAUAAUUUAUAUAAAAGGGCAGAAACCUAGAAAUUCAUAUCAGAAUCUAUCUAUAUAUCACCUGUAGUUUUUAAAUAUAAUCAUGGGUAUGUUUUAUAUGUAUAUUAUUAUUUUGUAUUAUAGUUUUAGCCAUCAAACUUUUAAAGAAUUUAACUUACAAUU